AUGCAACCCUGUAGUGAUCGUGAUUUAACAAUACCAAUAAAGGGAGGCACUCCAACCUAUGCCUCAAUUGAACACCAACAACUCCAAGAUGAUUUGAAUGUAUUUGCAGCCAAGAAUGAGAGCUUGGUCGAUGAAAACAAAAAAUUGAAAGAUGAAGUGGUAGUCUUGGAGAAAAGAAUCAGUGCCAAUACAAAUUUGAACACCAAUGCUGUUAGCAAACUCAACAAUGAUAUCAACAAACUCAAAAAUGAUAUCACCAGUUUGAAAAGAGAUUUACAAAGUGAGAUCACGACCAACAAUAUACUUAAUGGCACUGUGUUGGAGCACAGAAAUUUGGCUACCUCCUACAAGGAACAUAAAGUUGAAAUGGCUGCCAUUCAAAGAUCUCUUGAAGAAAAAAAAGAAAGAAUUAACCUAUCAAGAGAAAAUGAAGAAAAGAUUGUCUAUCAAAUCGCAAAGAUCAAUGAAUAUAUCGAGAUUCUCGACAAUCAUCAAAAGAAAAGUGGUCAACAAACAGCAACCCAAUUCAUUUCAAACAACCACAAUGAGACCAUUCUCAACACCAAAAGAUUCCCAAUCGAUAGGCUUGGUGAUGCAUGGAAUACCUUUAUCAUGCAGGUCGUUGCAAAUUUUCUAGAUCUUCCCCACCAUGGAUUGAGGGCCAAGGCUAUUUUCGUGUCAAAAGUAUUUGAAGGAUGCUUUGGUAUCUGCCAAGAUAUGAUCUAUGGUCCAAUUAAUCAACUUGGUGAGAGAUUUCAAUUCUCCAACGAAAGUAGAAUGAAAUUGGAGAGUAUGCUAUUGGAUAUAGUUGCAGAAUUGGAUCCAAAAACAACCAUCCCAUAUCAAAAAGCAAGAUACUAUUAUCGUCAAGCAAAUGAAGAAACUUUUCUAGGUCCUCUCAUUGAUGGUUGUUGUGAUUUGGCAUGGAAGAUAUUAUUGUGCCAACCAUCGGUUUUGGUUCCUGCUGGUGACACCACGGUAGAUUUUGAUAGUUCUCAACACCAAACCUUCCCAGGGUCACCAGACAAUGGAUGUAUUGACUUUUUUGUUUUACCUCCUACUCUGAGCACCAAAAGCAACACUCCAAUUACAAAGGCAUUGGUGUUUUUAAAACAGCAAGUACCAGAGGAAACAAAAAAUCAUCAUGUCUCCCAUGUUGAACCAACCAACCAUAUUGAUCAAUCAACCAACCAUAUUGAUCAAUCGACCCACCAUACGGACGCCCAUCUUGAAUCUACCAACCAAAAUCCAUUGUCGACAACAAUUGAUACUAAAGACCAAUUAAAGAAUGAAAAUACUGGCUCCUCCAUAAUCAAGAGUCGAGUAGUUAAACAGCUUUCACCCAAUACUAUGAUGGAAGAAUAUAGUUAUGUGCAAGAACCAAAAAAACAAUCGAAAAACCAAAAUAAUGGAAGAAAGAAAGAAUAA